AUACUUGUAAUAUUGUAAGUCUAUGAUCAUAUAUAUAGCAUAAUAUAUUAUGAUCUAUAGUUUUUGUCAUUUGUCAUUGUCACUGAAGCAGUAAGUUAUAUCAGUGAAGUAUGAAGCUGAACAGUGGUCAGUGAGCAGUCGCCAGUCGAACACUCGAACGGUGACCAGUGAAGAGUGAACUGCGCAACUCCAACUCAGUUUAUGCUGCCGUAGUGCCGUCUAAGAUUAUUGAUUAGUGCUUACUCAGUUACUCCGUAGUCCGUACUCCGUAGUCCGUAGUCCGUAGUAGUUCUCGUACUCGUUACUACAGACUACAGUUUUAAUCUCUUGAAAUUGCUGCAGUUUACUCAUAUUAGUCAAAUUAUCUCGGUGUCUCAUUUACAAUGUUAUUGAGAUAAAACGAAUUUUAGUUUCAACGUAUUACUAUUGUCUAUUUCUAUAUUCGCUUAAAGUUUAAUUUUUAAAACGUUUGAAUCGUUUGAUGAUUAUGAUUAAUUCCAAAAUGAAUUCGAUAGCGAAGAAAACAAACCUAGCCAACUCUUACAUUAUUUUCAGAUCCUUAACACAAAAUCAUGUAAAAGAGACUGUUAAUGCUCACGAAGUAGAACAUCAUUCCAAUAUGAAAGACUAUUGGUGGAACACUAAUGGACCACUGAAUGCAUUACACUCGUUUAAUCCAUUAAGAGUUUCAUUUAUAAUAAAUGGUUUAACAAAUAUGAAGAAAAUUGAAACUAAAAACAUUGGAACUCGUCAAAGUUUAGAAAAUAUAAAAAUACUUGAUGUUGGUUGUGGUGGUGGAGUUUUAACUGAGGCAUUAGCACGUCUUGACGGUCAUGUAACUGGAAUAGAUCCCAGUAAAGAACUAAUAACAAUUGCCAAUGAUCAUUCUAUGUUUCUUAGGAACAAAAACAUCAAAUAUUUAAAUGAAUCUAUUGAAGAGCAUGUUACAUCAAACACAGAAUCAUAUGAUGCAAUUGUAACUUCAGAAGUUUUGGAGCAUGUAUCCAACAAAUAUGGAUUUUUAACAAACUGUGUAGAUUGUUUAAAGCCUGGAGGAUCAUUGUUUAUAACAACCCCAAAUAGAACAAUUUUUUCAUGGUUAAGUGUUAAAGUGAUAGGAGAAACAUUUGAUUUUAUUCCAAAAGGUACGCAUGAAUGGGAAAAAUUUAUAUGUCCUCAUGAAUUGCAGUCAAUUUUAGAAAUAAAUUGUAAAUGUGAUACUAUUUCAAUUAAUGGACUGUCAUAUAAUCCUUUUACAAAUCGAUGGAGUUGGACUGACUCAACUGAUGUAUCAUAUGCCAUACAUGCAGUGAAAAGUACAUAGCUAGUAGCUACUACCUACCAUUAACUGUUACUUUGUAUUAAUCAUUGUCAAUUAUAUUAUUGUGCCUCAAUAAUUGUUACAAUUAUAAUACUAUUAAGUUAUAAUUUAAUAAUUCAAUUAAUUUUUAUUUUUGAUUAUUAAAUGUGCUAAAACUUUUUUACCGUCGUAUAAACGUUAUCAUCUUAUGUGAAUGUUAUUUUUCUUGAAUUAUCUAAAUAAUGUGUUUUUAAUUUAAAUAUUUUUAUGUGCAAUAAAUGCAUGGAGUUAAUAUUUAUAAAAGUAUUUUGCUCAUUGAUUAUAGUUAGGUACGAAAUUUUGUUAAAAAUUAUAUUAUUUAUAAAUAAUUAGAUAACAAUAACAGUUUUUGUAAUAUUGUAUAUUAUAUGAAUACAAUUUAAUUUUCAGAGUUCGAAUUUAUAAAUAACAUUGCUGAAAAAUAUUGAAAUCUCAAAAGAUUUUUUACAAACAAAAAAGUAAAUCCCCCCCCCCCCCAUAAAAAAACUCAAACAAAAUAAUGUCAAACUAUGAAAAACAUGUUCUAUACAAUCACUCUAUUGUUUUCUUGUGUCCAGUAUGGAUAAGCAAUUAAUUAAAUCCUAAUCCUGUUAAUUACUAUAAUAUACAAAUAAAUAUAAAAUAACUAUAACUGUCCACUAUAAUGAUUCCUUCCUUUGCACACUCAAUCGGCGAAGUACGAUUGCGCGCGUUAUACCUUUUUAGGUAUACGAUUGCGCACAGUGCCAGAAUAACAAAAGAAAAAAUUUUAAUUACUCAAAGGCGUACGAUUGCGCGUGAAAUUGGAUAUGACGUUGCCAAAUGUAUUAUUAUUUUUAAUAUUUGAAUACAGAUACAACUAUCAUUAAAUUUACUUAAAUAAUACAAAAUAAAAAAAUGUAAUAAUCCAACAUUUAAAUUUUUUAAUUUUAAAGCCCUGAUACCUAUUUGUAACUAUAGCCAAAUAGGUACUUAAGUAAAUUUUUUGGUGUUUUAUUAUUUAAAUAAUGUUUGUGUUCAAUUUUCAGAUUUUUGAUUUUCCUUAAUUCUUUCUUCGAUUUUGGUUUAAUAAAAUUAUUCGUUUGGAAAUGGUUAAUAAUAACUGUUUCUGCCUGAGUUUCCAUAAGGGUAGUUAAAACAACAAAUAUCGGUGAAAAACAGCAUGUUUCCAGCCGGAAAACUUUUUUUGUUGCCCCAAUAGCAUCAAUUUCAAAGUUAAUGUGUAGUAUUUCAAUUUUAAAAAAUAGUGAUUGUUUUUGCAUAUACUAAUUAAAUAUUUCCAUGCAUUAAUAUAAGUAUUUUUAAGUUUAUCUACUAUAAUCUACUAGAGUAUCGUACGGAUUUACCAUGGACCUAUAAUAUAUUUGGCAACAUUGCUUAAAAGUAAAAAUAAUAUAGCGCGCGUAAUCGUACACUUAAAAAGGUACCGCGCGCAAUCGUAUCGUGCCCCACUCAAUAAUGACCUAAUGAUUUUUGAUAUUAGUUAAUUACUCUUCUUUUGCUCCAACAUAUUAACACCAUCAACAUCCUUUUCAUAAUUGUAUGUUUAAUGUCAAUUUCGAUCCUAUCUUUUCUAUUUCACAUAAUUAACCAAUUUUUUUUUUAUAAUAAUAGUCUUUUUUUAACACCACCUUUUGUAAAUGUAUAAUGUUUUACAUUUAUUAAUUGUAAAUUGGGCACAUGUCCAUAUUAUAUCAUCCAAAAUAAAACAAUAUUGUAUAAAC